AUGAACCCACCGGUGGACCGUGUUGCGAGAAAAAAGGUUGCCAUCGUCGGCAGCGGCUGCACGGGAAUCGCAGCUCUCUGGGCCCUGAACCGAACCUGUCAUGAUGUGUAUCUGUACGAAUCAGCCAACCGGUUAGGCGGCCACACCCACACGGUGCAAUGGAAAUCUGGAAAAUACUCGACGGUCGUCGACACGGGCUUCAUGGUCUUCCAUGCUGCCGCCUCUCCCAACUUCACACGCUUCCUCGGAAAGCUCAACGUCGAGACCGAACCGGCAGACAUGACGUCUAGCUUUUCUCGAGAUCAAGGGCGCUUUGAGUGGGCUGACGCCAGCUUGAGGGCAGUCUUCUGCCAGAGGAGAAACCUCCUCUCGUUGACGAUGUGGAGGAUGGUCUUUGACAUUGCCCGCUUCAACCAGUUCGCACUGGACCUUCUCGCGAGAGACGACGAACCCCCGAGCGAGGCGGAGACGAUUGGCGAGUACUUGGACCGCGAGGGAUACUCUCGCGCUUUCCGAGAUGAUUAUUUCAUACCGAUGAUUGCGGCGGCAUGGGGAUCCAAACCAGACAAGUCAUCGCUACAGUUCCCGGCGGUGACGCUUGUUCGGUUCCUGUGGAAUCAUCAUCUCCUCUCCGUGUCGGCCUCCCCGCAAUGGUUUGCGCUCAAGAAUGGAUCCAAGUCGUACCUCGACGCCGUCAUGAAAGGCUUUCCGCCAAACCACCUUUUUCUCGACACGCCGGUGAGUCGCGUGUCGAACGAUGAGAACGGACGGGUUCUGCUGCAUCUGGAGAAUGGCAAGACGGAGGCCUACGACCAUGUCAUCCUUGCCACCCACGGAGACCAAGCGCUGUCGAUGAUCAAACCAACAGCCACUGACCAGGAACGGUCAGUCCUGUCCUGCUUUCGGUCUGCCCAGAACGAAGUUGUUUUGCACUCCGAUGUCGCACUGAUGCCCAAGAGUCAACAAGCGUGGUCCGGUUGGAACUACCUGGCGCCGUCGGCGUGGAAGAAAAAUGUUGGUCAAGUCUCUCUCACAUACGACAUGAAUGUUUUGCAGCGCAUCCCCUUGGAUCCCUUUGGCCACGUCCUGGUGUCCCUCAACCCUCAACGCCAGCCGCGGCUCGACAAGGUGCAGGGCCGGUACUUCUACUCCCACCCUCUUUACACCCCCGCAACGAUGAGGGCCCAGAAACUGCUGCGGAAAAUUCAGAACAAGAGGGGCAUCAGCUAUGCCGGCGCAUGGACCAAGUACGGAUCCCACGAAGAUGGCUUCAGCAGCGGUCUGCAUGUCGCACAGGAGCACUUGGGCGCUCGGCUACCCUUCGAAUUCCGAGACUCGGCCUACAGUCGGGGGAAAAAUCCGAAGCUGGGGCUGGCUGACCACGCAUUGCGGCUCGUCAUCUUGCUCAUUCAAGUCUUUGUCAUUCAGAUACUCGGAAUGCUAUGGACGACGCCGGGCCGGCCCAAGGUGAAGCGCUUGGCCAACGGAGUCAAGUCGAAGCGGCUACAAGCAAAACGGAGUUGA